CUGCUUCCCUCCUACAAGGCCACGGGGAGGCCAGUGCCAGGGACCUGGGAGGGAGAGGAGGAACCACAGCAAGGCAAAGUACUGCGGGCCUUGCUCUGAAUUGGGUAGGGAGGUCAGAGCCUCCUUCCCCUGUCUGGUCCUGCCUCACUCGGGAGCAGCUAUCUUUAAAUCCCACAGGCACCGCCAGGGAUCCUAUGGUGAUUUAUUACAGGAAGUUUCAAUGAGAAAGCCCAGAAACUAAGUCACUCUUGGCCAGCCGGCCCCAGUGACGGAAAGUGCUGCGCCCACGCUGGUGAGUUGCUGGAUUCCUCUGGGCAGAGGAAGGGAAGACCUUUGGGGACCUGGUAGCCUGGCUCUCCCUCAUGGCUCCAUCCAGUAUCUCCAGCAAUGCCUGCUCCCGAGUCAUCGAUCACAGCCAUGUCGCCGAGUUUGAGGUGGCCACUUGGAUCAAAAUCACCCUCAUCUUGGUGUACCUGAUCAUCUUCGUGGUGGGCAUCUUGGGCAACAGCGUCACCAUCCGGGUUACACAGGUAUUGCAGAAAAAGGGCUAUUUGCAGAAGGAGGUGACAGAUCACAUGGUCAGUUUGGCUUGCUCAGAUAUCUUGGUCUUUUUGAUUGGCAUGCCCAUGGAGUUCUACAGCAUCAUUUGGAACCCUCUGACCACACCCAGCUCCGCGCUGUCCUGUAAGCUCCACACGUUCCUCUUUGAAGCAUGCAGCUACGCCACGUUGCUGCACGUGCUGACCCUCAGCUUUGAGCGCUAUGUUGCCAUUUGUCACCCCUUCAGGUAUAAGGCCGUGUCUGGACCUCGCCAGGUGAAACUGCUGAUCGGCUUUGUAUGGGUCACCUCCGCCCUGGUGGCGCUGCCCUUACUCUUUGCCAUGGGUAUCGAGUAUCCCCUGGUGUCUGUGCCUACCCACAGAGGACUCAACUGCAACCUCUCUCGCACCCGCCACCACGAGCAACCUGAUACUUCCAAUAUGUCCAUCUGUACAAACCUCUCCAGCCGCUGGACUGUCUUCCAGUCCAGCAUCUUUGGGGCCUUCGCGGUUUACUUGGUGGUCCUGGUGUCUGUGGCUUUCAUGUGUUGGAAUAUGAUGAAAGUGCUUAUGAGGAGCAAGCGGGGCACUCUGGCAGGGUCCGGGCCACAAGUGCAGCUGAGGAAGUCGGAGAGUGAGGAAAGCCGGACGGCGAGAAGACAGACCAUCAUUUUCCUGAGACUGAUUGUGGUGACGCUGGCCGUGUGUUGGAUGCCAAAUCAGGUUCGGCGGAUCAUGGCUGCAGCAAAACCCAAGCAUGACUGGACCAAGUCGUACUUCAAGGCAUACAUGAUCCUUCUACCCUUCUCUGACACCUUCUUCUACCUCAGCUCUGUGGUCAACCCUCUCCUCUACAACGUGUCCUCUCAGCAGUUCCGGAAAGUAUUCUGGCAGGUUCUGUGCUGCCGACUGACUCUGCAACACGCCAACCACGAGAAACGCCUGCGUGCCCGGUUCAGCUCCACCAAGGACAGCACCCGCUCCAUCCGCAGCCCCCUCAUCUUCCUAGCCUCCAGGCGGAACUUUUCCUCCAGGAGAACUAACAAGGUUUUCUUAAGCACUUUUCAGGCUGAGUCCAGGCCAGGAGAAGCUAAGCCCCAGUCCUUGAGUUCUGAGUCACCACAGACUGACUCAGAGACCAAACCAGCUGAUUCUGCCACAGAAAAUGGUUUACAGGAGCAGCAAGUGUGA